AAUUUCCAGAAGAGGUUGUUGUUCUGUUACUGUUGGUUCUGGCCAUUGGGAGUUAAUCGUUUUUUAAGAAUUUCACAACAAAUUUUCAAAUAACAAUUAUCUUAGCAAUUGUCACAUUCCAUUAACAACUAUAAAGAAAAUACUAACCAAAGAUGACACAGUUCAUUGAAGAAUUCACUCCAGAGGAGCUUCAAACUAUUUCGCAGGAGUUCAAACGUCUUGGGGAAAACACUUACCUCGAUCACGCCGGAACGACUCUGUAUUCAGAAAAACAAAUUGAAUACGCUGAGAAAGUUUUGAAAGAGAAUCUGUUUUGCAAUCCACACACCUGUAAGGUGACUGGUGAUCUUGUUGACCAAGUUCGGUUCAGAAUUCUCAAUCAUUUCAACACAGAUGCUAAUAAUUAUUCGGUGGUCUUCACGGCCAAUGCUACGGCAGCUUUGAAGUUGGCCGGAGAAUGUUUUAAUUUCGGCGAAGGUGGGAGGUUUUACUACUGUCAAGAAAAUCACACAUCAGUAUUGGGUAUGCGAGAAGUCGUUAGAACCAACGACUUAGUUGCCCUCACAAAAGAUGAUCUGUUGGACAACUUGAAGGGGGAUGAAAAUGUACAUUUGACAGAAGCGACAAGCAACUCGCUGGUAGUGUUCUCAGCUCAAUGCAACUUCAGUGGAUACAAACUGCCAUUAAGCCUUAUUCCAGCCAUUCAGAAAAAUGGCUUGCGAUCACAGGGAACACGAGUUCGCGGGAGCUCCUCUGGUCCCGACAACAGUAAUUUCUAUGUCUGUCUUGAUGCAGCAUCCUUUGUUGCGACGAAUUUCCUUGAUUUGAGCCAAUAUCCUGCCGAUUUUGUGUGUGUAUCAUUCUACAAGAUUUUUGGCUAUCCAACAGGUGUUGGAGCCCUGAUAGUCAGUAAACGAGGUGAAAAGCUGCUAAAGAAGUCUUACUACGGCGGUGGAACUGUACAGAUCUCAAUGACACUCGAAGAUUUCCAUGUAAAACGCAAUGGCUUCACUGAUCAUUUCGAGGAUGGAACUCUAUCAUUUCUCGGGAUCGCAAAAGUCCUCGAAGGUUUUCGUACCCAUGAGCGAUUGAUUGCCCAACGAGGUGAUCUUAAACCAAUCCAAAGAAUUUCAAAUCAUGUCUUUAACUUGGCAAAAUAUUGCUACGAUGUUUUGCGUCAAUUGAAGCAUCCUAACGGCCAGAAACUUAUUGAAUUCUAUAACCACACUGACUACAACAGUGUUCAGGAGCAGGGAGGCAUAAUAACCUUUAAUAUUCUCCAUGAUGAUGGUACUUAUGUGGGAUUUGCAGAAGUAGCGUGCAUAGCAGCUAUUUUCAAUGUCCAACUGAGGACAGGAUGCUUCUGUAAUCCUGGUGCUUGUCAGAAUCAUUUGAAACUCUCAAAUGACGUCAUUCGGAAGCAAUUCAAAGCCGGUCAUAUAUGCAGUGAUUACAAUGACCUGAUCGAUGGAAUUCCCACAGGUGCUGUCCGAAUGUCGUUUGGCUAUAUGACGCGCAAGGAUGAUGUCGACAAAGCUCUGAGGAUAAUUGCCGAUUGUUAUUUGAAAACGGACAGGGAGCGGUUGAGGUUGAUGGAGAAUUCUAAAUCAAUACCCAGGGCCCUCGAACAUAUUCCCCGACGUUUGAAGAAGACAACUUUGACCAAGAUUUGCAUAUAUCCAGUGAAGAGCUGUGGGUCCUUUGAAAUCCAUGGGAGUUGGGAGAUAACUGAACGAGGAUUCCUAUACGAUCGGAAUUGGAUGAUUGUGGAUGGCAAUGGCAUGGCAGUCACCCAAAAGACCCACAUCAGAAUGUGUUUGAUAAGGCCACGCAUCGAUAUUGAAGCUGGAGUCUUGGAACUAGCAUUUCCUGGUAUGGCAUCAAUUAGUGUGCCCCUCGAUCAUAGCACCGAAGGCAUAGCGAAGUCAGUUCAAACAUCUGUCUGUCAGAGCAAGGUUUGUGAUGACAUGGUGGAAGGCUUGGAUUGUGGAGAUGAGGCAGCAAAAUGGAUAAGUGACUGUCUGGAGUGUCCUGGCAUGCGGAUGGUGCGUCAGAAUGCAGGUAGAAAGACCAAAAAUGGUGAAGCCAAAGAACUCAAUCUUGUUAAUCAGGGACAAUUUCUUCUGUUGAAUAAAACUUCCGUCCAAUGGUUGGCUUCAAAGGUAGAGUCCGAACAAGAAGAUCUUGACAUUACCGUCGAUAGGUUUCGGGCGAACUUGAUAAUCGAAACAAAAACCCCAUUGGAGGAAAACCACUUCGAGGAAAUCACAAUUGGGAGUGUUCGAUUCAAAGUCGAUGGAUUUUGUAAACGCUGCCAAAUGGUUUGCAUUGAUCAGCAUUCCGGUCAGAAGACCAUCGAGCCUCUUCGGACAAUAGCCAAAGAGUUUAAGGGUAAAAUACAAUUCGGAAUUUAUGUGUCCUUGAUUGAUUUUAAGGAAAAUGUAUUUAUAUCAUGUCGAGAUGAUAUUCAAAUCAAAUUAAAACAAACUUAACAAUGGUUUGAUAAAAUAAAUAAUAAAAAUGA